GGAGCCCGCGCCACCACCCCCGCUGGUCACUGCGCAAGCGCGGCCCGCGAGCGUGGGGCCUCUGGAGGCUGCGGGCUGGUGGCACGCCGGAGCGCGGGGGCUUGCGGCCUGCGUUGGGCGGGCUCCAGCCGCGCACCACCUGAGGUAGCGAGGCGCCGUGAGCUGAGUCUCCCUUCGCCCUGGGCAGUGUGGCCAUGGAAAAUCAGGUGCUGACGCCGCACGUCUAUUGGGCUCAGCGACACCGAGAGCUGUAUCUGCGCGUGGAGCUGAGUGAUGUGCAGAAUCCUGCCAUCAGCAUCACUGAAAAUGUGCUUCAUUUCAAAGCUCAGGGACAUGGUGCCAAAGGAGACAAUGUCUAUGAAUUUCACCUGGAGUUCUUAGACCUGGUGAAGCCAGAGCCGGCUUACAAACUGACCCAGAGGCAGGUAAACAUUACGGUGCAGAAGAAGGUGAGUCAAUGGUGGGAGAGACUCACCAAGCAGGAGAAGCGCCCACUGUUUUUGGCCCCUGACUUUGAUCGAUGGCUGGAUGAGUCUGAUGCGGAAAUGGAGCUCAGAGCCAAGGAAGAAGAACGCCUCAAUAAACUCAGACUUGAAAGCCAAGGCUCCCCUGAAACUCUUAUAAGCUUGAAGAAAGGAUAUCUGUUCAUGUAUAAUCUUGUACAGUUCUUGGGAUUCUCCUGGAUGUUUGUCAACAUGACUGUGCGGUUCUUUAUCUUGGGAAAAGAGUCCUUCUACGACACAUUCCACACCAUGGCUGACAUGAUGUAUUUCUGCCAGAUGCUGUCAGUUGUGGAAACUAUCAAUGCAGCAAUUGGAGUCACUAAGUCACCAGUGAUGCCUUCUCUUAUCCAGCUUCUUGGAAGAAAUUUCAUUUUGUUUAUCAUCUUUGGCACCAUGGAAGAAAUGCAAAACAAAGCUGUGGUUUUCUUUGUGUUUUACACCUGGAGCACAAUUGAAAUUUUCAGGUACCCCUUCUACAUGCUUUACUGCCUGGACAUGGACUGGAAGGUGCUCACAUGGCUUCGUUACACUGUGUGGAUUCCUCUGUAUCCUCUGGGAUGUUUGGCAGAAGCUGUCUCAGUGAUCCAAUCCAUUCCAGUAUUCAAUGAAACGGGAAGAUUCAGUUUCACGUUGCCAUAUCCAGUGAAAAUCAAAGUUCGAUUUUCCUUUUUUCUUCAGAUUUAUCUUAUAUUAUUAUUUUUAGGGUUAUACAUAAAUUUCCGUCACCUUUAUAAGCAGCGCAGGCGGCGCUAUGGACAAAAAAAGAAAAAGAUCAACUGAAAAGGGAGAUUUAGAUGACUUCUUGCCAGUUUAGCCUAAUCUAUAAUUCUUACAGUUUUAUCUUCUUGUAACUGAUGUAAAAGUUUUUUUUAAAGUUAAAUGAUUAAAUUCUCAGUGAGGCUGUCUUCUCUUUUCCUCACUAACAUCCCUGAAUUUAUCAUCUUAGUGUAGUACUUGCAUGACAUAGAUUUCUGAUACCUGAUGACAGGUUUGUUCUUUUGUAUUCUGUUUGUGACAGCAGACUCAGCGCCUCCCCCACCAACUCCGUGUCCAGUCAGUCUAUUUCAUACAGGCCAGAGAGAUUUCUUCAGUGCCCUGACCCUGCCACAUACUGGUCAUUCUUACAGAGAUUUGUUCUUUUCUAUUGUGAAAAGAAGCAAGAUGACGUUGCUCUAUUAUAGGAAGCUGUGAAAGUGACUCAGGCAGGACCUAAUACAUUCUGUACCUAAGGGGUUACUUGUUAAGUGGGGUAGUAUUGAGUUUUCUGAAAAUCAAGUUUCAACUUAGUAAUGGAUAAAACAUCUGAGUCUAAGUGGGACUGGAGAAUACAUAUUACCUCUGAAUCUUUUGGCCUCUAACAGUAUCUGUUACUACGUGCUUACCUGUGUGGGCACAGAAUGAUUUAGAAACCAGUCAGAAUCUUGGAACGUCAAGAUCACUAACUUCAUUCCUAGCAAAAACAGAACUAUUUUCAACUCUAAAGAAAGAUGAAACAUUAGUUAGACUAUGAAGCUAUGAGAGUUCCAAACCCAAAUGGCUACAGGGGUCAGAAGGGUCCAAUUAGCCAUAAGACAGCUGGCGAUGCAACCUGUAGCUAACUGGAAACACACCUACAACACUGUCUUAGGCUGUGCACAAACAAAAGCUCAGUCUUCCUUCCCUUUCACUGUCUGAAUCCACUUACUUGUGUACCUGUCAGAGUAAGUGGUGGGAUUGUCUGUUUUUGAAUAGACCUCGAAAGUACCUGCUUUUAUUUUACCUGUCUGCAGUAGGACAGUGAACAGAGAACUUUGGCUAGAGAACCACCAGCCGGUCCUGAAACAGAUUCCUGGCAGGAAACCCAUCAACAGAGGAACUGAAAAAAAAUCUAGUAGACUUUAUGAAGUUUGGCCAUUGUCAAAAACAUGUUUCCUUUACUACAUUCCAAGUAAACCAAGUAAAAUGUAUUAGAAGUAAUGCUUGUGUAAAAGAUUUUAAGGCACAAUAGCGCUUUCUGUUCUGCCAUUCCCAUUGUUCCUGGAGAAAAGGGGAUUAAAUAAGUUACGUUGUUUCUCUGAGCUGAAGAUGGAAACUUGGUUUGACUUGAAAACAUCUGAUUAGGAUAGGCUGGCUGAUUUUUUACAAGUUCAUUGCACUGAAGGAUAUUUUGCAUGUCUGUAACUUCUGUCAACACUUGUUUGUAUUAACUUCUGGUGUUCUUUCAACCGACUUUCUGUGUGUAAUUGGGCAGAUCAGCUUUGCAGUAGAUUAUGCUGCAUCUGUGGCAGGAUCUUGUGUUCUUAUAAGCCCUUUUGUUGCUGUCUGAGAAAGCAAAAGGUUGUGUAUUUCUAUUAAACAUUUGCAGUCAAAAUCCUAGUAAC